GCGGGUUUCUGAAGUUGAUGUGUGAGCUAAAACUCUAAGCUCUGUUUCACCUUAUUAAUGGCGUUAACACUAAACCCAUGAUUUACUGAUUAUUUACGCCAUCUCUUUCUCUCUCUCUCUGCAUCUCGUUCUCCAAAAAAUCCCAACAACCGAAACCCACCUAGCAUCACAUACUCCACUCAAAUCUCUCUCUCUCUCUUUCUCUUCUCUCUCACACUGUGCUCUUUAGAAACUUCCCGGUAAAGAUUCCCUGCUCUUCCUUUCAACUUAAGCACCUACAGAUCCGCGGCUAGUCUUCGGGUUCAGUGUUGGAGUGGCAUUGUUGUUUUGGUUGUUGUUCUUCUUCUGGGUCUCUUUGUUUUGUCCGUUUCCUGGUGGUGAGAAUCUGAACUCUGUGUUUACCGGGGGACUUGGAUCCGGGAAUUUUCUCAACUGGGUAUUUGACGUAGUUCCUGGGUUUGGCAUUUUGGGAUUCCAUACCUCCUCCUGCAAGGGGGAACAAAAUGGAACGUUGAUCUCAUAUAUGCAGUUGAUGUAAAUAGAUUAUCUAGUAAUGUCGAGGAUCACCAAGUGGAAGCUUGAGAAAACAAAAGUGAAAGUGGUCUUCAGACUACAAUUCCAUGCAACACAUAUUCCACAAACCGGAUGGGAUAAGUUGUUUAUCUCUUUCAUUCCUGCUGAUUCUGCAAAGGCCACAGCCAAGACAACUAAAGCAAAUGUGAGGAAUGGGACCUGCAAAUGGGCAGAUCCUAUCUAUGAAACUACUAGACUUCUUCAAGACAUUAAAACAAAGCAGUAUGAUGAGAGGAUCUAUAAACUUGUGGUCACAAUGGGUUCUUCACGAUCUAGUGUCCUUGGUGAGGCUAACAUCAAUCUAGCUCAUUAUGCUGAUGCACUAAAGCCUUCUAUUGUUGCACUGCCUCUUCAGGGAUGUGACUCUGGAGCUAUUUUACAUGUAACUGUUCAGCUGCUAACUUCUAAAACUGGUUUCAGAGAGUUUGAGCAGCAAAGGGAGCUCAGAGAGAGAGGUCUGCAGACUACAUCUGAUGAAUCUGCUGGUAGAAAAUUAUUUUCUGACGAUACCAUCAAUGAUCAGAUGGACAAGGUCAAUGCAAAGGUUAGAUUCAAAGAAGAACUGCCUCCGCUUGAAGAAGAGGUGGGGCCGAAUGAAGAGUAUGCAGACUCGGCCGCUGGCUUUGAUGGGUCUUCCAAUACUUCAGGCAGUUUAUAUGCUGAGAAACAUGAUACAUCCAGCAGCCAUGAAAUUGAGAGUCUUAAGAGUACAACCUCUGGUGAUUUAGUUGGACUUUCCCUUAGUCAAAGCUCUCCACCAGAAAAACAAGACCCCUCUGAUCAUCGAUUUUUGCCUCAGGGGACAGCUGAAUGGGCUCAUUGGGGUUCUGAUUAUUCUGCAGACAAUGACUUGGCAAAUGCAUAUGAGGAGAAUGGUAGACUUAGAGGAAGCUUGGAAGCAGCAGAAUCAUCUAUUGUUGAGCUUAAAUUGGAGGUGAGCUCGUUACAGAAUCAUGCUGAUGAAAUAGGCGUUGAAGCAAAAAAGGUUUCCCAGCUACUUGCUGAAGAAAUUGCUUCAGGAGAAAAAUUAGCAAAAGAAGUUUCUGUACUAAGAUCAGAAUGCUUGAAGUUUAAAGAUGAUCUACAGCAGCUAAAAAUUUCCAAAUUAAGCACUCCGUUUGCAAUCAGAGAAACUAUCAAGACAGACCAGGAUCAUUUCUUUCAAGAGUUACAACUCAGGUGGCCCAAGGGGCUUCUGGAUAUCGAGGAUAAGAUAAGAGCGCUUCAUAACAAGGCGUGUUUUGGAUUCCAUGAAAGGGACUACAGGUCCUUCAAUUCAGACUUGGAGGCAUUGCUUGGUAUUCUGCAGGAUCUCAAACAAGGAACCGGACAGCAUAUUUCAGGGCUGAACUUUGAAAGUGUGAAGGAAAUUAAAGAAAUGAAUAUACAUAAAGGUGAGCACUUGUUACCAGGAACCAGGUUUGAUUCAGAUUUUUAUCAACAAGAAGGGAUGCUGCAUUGCCUGAAUAUGCCUGACCUAGUAUCUCAAGAAUUUGACUCCACAGAUGCUAACAGUGCAAUGAAAGGAAAAAUCCUUGAACUUAUUAGGGAGUCAGAUGAGUUGAAAGCUGAAAGGGUAGGCCUUUCAAGGAAAAUGGACCAGAUGGAGUGCUAUUAUGAAGCUCUUGUUCAGGAACUUGAGGAAAAUCAGAGGCAGAUGAUGGGAGAGUUGCAGAAUCUUAGAAAUGAUCACUCCACUUGUAUAUACACAAUUUCAGCCACUAAAGCUGAGAUGGAGACAAUGAACCAAGACAUGAAUAAGCAAAUAAUUAAAUUUUCUGAAGAGAAGCAUGAUUUGGAUUCUCUCAACAAGGAUCUUGAAAGAAGGGCUGCUACUGCAGAAGCAGCACUGAAAAGGGCACGCUUGAAUUACUCCAUUGCUGUAGACCAGUUGCAGAAGGACCUUGAAUUACUUUCUUCCCAGGUUCUGUCCAUGUAUGAAACUAAUGAGAACCUUAUUAAGCAAGCUUUUUCAGAAUCUUCCCUGCCAAGCUUUCCAGAGUAUGAAGAAAUGGCUCAGAAUCAGAAACUGGAUUCAAAGGAAAGUCAUGCUGCGAGACUGUUGCAGUGUCAGAAUCAAUUUCAUGAGGAAAAGAAACAAAAUUUAGAUGCGGAUAUAUUUUCGGAGGAUUUGAAAAGAUCUCUCCUCUUGCAGAAGGGACUUUACCAAAAGGUUGAAGAAGUCUAUGAAGUGCAUUUAUUAAAUGUAUAUUUGGAUGUUUUCUCAAAAACUCUACAGGAAACUUUGCUUGAUGCAAGUGCUGACUUCAGGUUGAUGAAAGAUAAAAUUAAUAAGCUUACACAGCAGCUGGAGCUUUCAACCGAGUCCAAGGAGUUACUGAUGCUGAAGCUGCAGGAUGCUAUCAAUGAGGUUCACAAUCUCAAGGAAUACAAAAAUGCCUGUGAUACAAAAUGCAACAGCCUGGCUCUGCAUAAUCAAGCUUUAGAAGCAAAUUUACAAAAUGUCACUCAUGAAAAUUGUCUUCUGUCCCAAAAGGUUACUGAAUCUGCAGUCCUGGUAAAAGAACUGGGAAGUUAUGAGCACAAAUUUGCUGCCUGCUCAGAAGAAAAGUUAGAGUUGGAAAAUUUGUUGAAGAAAGAAAUGCUAGAAAAUGGAAAUCUUCGAAAUAAAAUGUCCUCUUUGCAGGAAGAGAUGAAAGCUGUCAAAACUGAAUUUGAUGAGCUGGCUUCUGUGAAGGAGAAUUUGCAGGAUGCUGUAGACUUUCUGCAUCAUAAGUUGCGGAGUCUGUUGGCAUCUUAUGACAAAAAAUGUAAUGGAUUGCCAAUUUGGGGUGAAGAUAUCUGUCAGGAUGUGGAAUCUAGAGAUAUAGCUGAUAUUACGUUGCAAUUGGAAGAGAUUCAGAACAGUGCAUGUGAGAAGAUUAUCCAACUCAUUCAAGAGAAGCAAGACCUAGUGCAUGAGAGAGAUAUGGCUCAAGUGUCCUUAAGUGCAGUACAAUCAGAAAAUGUUGCCAUGAAACAGAAAUUCGAGUUUGACAUAGCGAAUAUUUUGAGUAAACUGGAUGUUUCUGGUGUCCUGGUGCAGAAGCUUCAAUCAGAAGUUGAGGCUGUUGCUAACAGACUCCAGAGUAGCUCUGAAGCUGAAGAACAUUUUGCACAGCAGUACCAAGAACUUUUAUCUGACUUUGAUCAUGUGGAAGUUCAGCUGCAACAACUUGCUUCUGAAAACAAAGGUCUUUCUCAAGAAAUAAUUGCACUGGAGAGUGUAAAUGAAGAAGUUGGAAGGUUCAAGCUGGAAACAGCAGCAUUGUCACAGGAAAAGGAAGCUCUAAUCAUGACCAUAAAGGAUAAAACUGAGGAAUCUGCCAAGCUAUCACUGGAGCUUAAUGGUUUGAAAUCAAGUUUGCAAUCAUUGCAUGAUGACUUACAAGCUGAAAGAAGUGUAAGAGAUAUGGCUCAAGUGUCCUUAAAUGCAGCACAAUCAGAUAAUCUUGUAAUUAAACAGAAAUUUGAAAAUGAUGUACAAAACAUUAUGGGUAAAAUAGAUAUGUCUAGUGUCCUCGUGCAAAAGCUUCAGUCAGAAGUUGAGACUAUUGCUAACAAACUCAAGAUUAGCUUUGAAGCUGAAGAACAUUAUGCACAGCAGCACAGAGAACUUCUAUCUGAUUUUGAUAGUUUGGAAGUUGAGUUACAGCGGCUUACUUCUGAGAAUAAGGACCUUGGUCAGGAAAUAAUUGCACUGGGCAAUGUGACUGAAGAACUUGAAAUGUGCAGACUUGAAAUAGCAGUGUUUUCAGAAGAAAAAGAAGCUCUGAUGAUGACCUUAAAGAAUAAAACUGAGGAGUCUGCUAAGUUUGCACUGGAGCUUAAUAGUCUGAAAUCAGGUUUUCAAUCAUUGCAAGAUGAGUUGAAUGUUGAAAGAAGUGUUAAAGAUAUGUUAGAUAGUAGAGUUGCAGAUCUUACUUCCCAAUUAAAUGAGAAGCAAUAUGAGUUGCUACAAUUUGAUCAGCAGAAGACAGAGCUGGUACAUCACAGGAAAUUAGUGUCAGAUCUAGAAUUAGAGAAAUCAAGACUCCAUUGUAUUUUAUUGGACUCUGAGGAAUGUCUAAAAUCUGCUCGAAAAGAAAGUUCUUCAAUUUCUUGUUUGGAGGCGCAAUUAUUUGCGAUGUACGAGUUUUUAAUAGCAUCAGAUGUUAAACUUGCAUACACAAAAACUCAAUAUGAGGUGAGGAUUGAGGAGGUUAUUCAGCAACUUUGCUCCAAAGAUAGGUACCUUGCUGAACUUCAGAAGAAGUUUCUUAAUGUAGAGACUAUGCUUGAUAGUAGUCUGGCUAAUGAAGCAAAUCAUAAUGAAGAGAGUGCUAAAUUGAUGACAAGACUCAGCUCCAUUAAGUCCGAGUUGGAUGCUUCCAUUGCUCAAAAUAGAGUACUAGUUGAUGCAAACAGUGCCUUAAGGACUGAACUUGAGGAAUGCAAGCAAAGAGCAGAAAGUACAGAUGCUACUUUUCAUAUAGAUAGGAGUGAGCAUGCUUUUGAGGUUGAAAAGCUGGAGCGUAGGUUAGUGAAAUCAGAAGAAGAGAUUGAUAAUCUGAUGUUCUCCAAGGAAGCACUAGAAGUCAAAUCUUUAGUACUUGAAGCCAAAUUGGACGAACAGAAACCUGAAAUAGCCUUGCUGGAGGAUUAUAAGCAUGAACUGACAGCCUUGCAAAACAAGUACAAUGAGCUUGCACAUAGGCUUUCUGAACAGGUUUUGAAGACAGAAGAGUUUAAGAAUUUGUCUAUACAUUUGAAGGAGCUUAAAGACAAAGCUGAUGCUGAAUCUAUCCGGGUUCGUGAGAAAAGAGAACCAGAUGGACCCCCAGUUGCCAUGCAAGAGUCAUUGAGAAUUGCAUUUAUCAAAGAACAGUAUGAAACCAAGAUUCAAGAACUGAAACACCAGCUUUCUAUCUCCAAAAAACAUAGUGAGGAAAUGCUGUGGAAAUUACAAGAUGCAAUUGAUGAAGUUGAGAGUAAGAAGAAAUCUGAAGCUUCACACUUGAAACGAAAUGAAGAGCUAGGAAUGAGGAUUUUGGAAUUGGAGACAGAGUUGCAUUCAGCAAUUUCUGAAAAGCGAGAAAUGAUGAAGGCGUAUGACUUAAUGAAGGCUGAAAAAGAAUGCUCGUCAAUAAGCCUUGAAUGCUGUAAGGAAGAAAAGCUAGAGCUUGAAGCCUCUUUGCAAAAAUGCAAUGAGGAAAAAUCUAAAAUUACAGUAGAACUCACCUCAAUGAAAGAUUUGUUUGAGUGCUCUGCGUCUACAUUGAAUAGUCAGAAGGAAGACGAUAAUGAAUUACACAAAGCUUGUUGCAAAUCUGAUGAGCCAGCCAGCAGUAUAUCGCACCAGAAAAAUCCAAUUUCUGGCAGUCCAAGCAAUGGAAGAUUUAGUACAAAUCUGCUUCCGGGGAAUGGUCCAAUGAGUGACACCUUAGCUAAGUUCUCAGACGAAGCUAUUUCAGAGGAUUGUCAAGAGCUUAAACAUUCUUGCUUGGUUCCAAUUAAUGAGACUGGCCAUUCAAAUGCACUCGUCAAUAUGAGAGAUGAACAGGAUGCUCUUAUAUCUAGGGAUGUAAAUGGAAUUCCCAGUCUCAAACAUACAAGUCAAGAGGAUGUACUGCAUGGUGACUCUAAACGUUUAGCUCUUGUGAACGAACACUUCAAGGCCCGAGGUCUAAAAUCUAGCAUGGACCAUUUAAACAGGGAGUUGGAAAGGAUGAAACAUGAAAAUUUGCUUCUUACACAAGAUGAUAAUCAGUUUGACCCGGAUUGUGCUGCUUUGCAGAAAGAGCUGUUGAAGUUGCAUAAGGUAAAUGAAGAAUUAGGAAGCAUAUUCCCUUUAUUCAAUGAGUUUUCUUGUAGUGGCAAUGCAUUAGAGAGGGUUCUAGCUUUGGAAAUUGAGCUUGCUGAAUCCCUGCAAGCAAAGAAGAAAUCAACAAUCCAUUUUCAGAGUUCUUUCCUGAAACAGCACAGUGAUGAGGAAGCAGUGUUUCAAAGCUUUAGAGAUAUCAAUGAGCUGAUCAAAGACAUGCUGGAACUUAAAGGAAGAUAUGCAUCUGUAGAGACUGAGCUAAAAGAGAUGCAUGACCGAUACUCUCAACUAAGCCUUCAAUUUGCAGAGGUUGAAGGAGAGAGGCAAAAACUCAUGAUGACUCUUAAGAAUGUUCGGGCAUCAAAGAAAGCACCAUUAAGUCGCUCCUCAACCGCCUAUCUUGGUGACCAUUUGCCAUAGUUACUUUUAAACUCUCCCAUGUUGAUGUUUUCCUCAUUUGCCUAAUCUCCAGAAUAGCCCUUUACCGGAUUGAUGCUGCCACCGUGGCUCUCUACUGCGCUAUCUAAUUAUAUCGAUCAACAUGAGGGACUGUUGAGCUUCUACAAAAUCAACUUUUACAAGCUUGGCACACCGUGUUUAAAGCUAAGCAGCGGUAUGAUGUAAAUAAAAAGAAAUGUCAGCCUUGUUUGUAUCACUGCGUAAUAGUGUUAUAAGUAUAGAUCUCUGUAACCUAUGUACUUAAUUUCUUUUUUCUUUUUUUUUUUUUUUUUUUUUUUUUUUAAGAGGGGGAAGGGUUGGUAAUCUCAGUGGUAUAAUUCAUUUUGCUGUAUAGAAUAUCAUUUUUGUUUUUUUUUUUAAAUCGACAGUCAUAUUUAUAUCUUUCAAAAAAGCAAUGGAAAUCUCCCGUCGUUUUCUAUG